GUGGGAGGAAAAUUGGAAUUUGUGUUGCAGUUUAGGCAUGGCCCCUCUGAUUCUAGAAACUCCAGCAGAACAGGAAUGUUUUGAAAAAUAUACAUUAAGUGCAAUAAAUUGGACGUUGAAUUUUAAUUACUGGACUGCGGGCACUCAGAGGGGUUGCGCUGGCCAGUGGUCAUGGUGCGAUCCAGGCAAUAAUUAUCUCAGUCUUGGAGACAAUUUGAAGUGGGAAAUUGGUCAACCUGACAACAAGGGCGGUAAAGAGGACUGCGUGCACCUCAGGAUUUUACUCAACUCAACUGGCACAGUAUUGACCGACAGAAACUGCACCAGCAAAUACAUUUUCCUAUGUGAAGCGAAGGCUGCCAACUUACAAACUCCUCCCUGCUCGAAACCUACAUGCCCUAAAUUCUUAGAGCGAAAUACGACACUUUUCAAUGGAAAUGAGCUCAAUGACUUUUAUAGCUACGGAUCUUGGGUGUCUGCUUGUGGAAGAAACUUCUUGUUUUCCAACGUCAAGAAAAAAUUUUCGGAGGCAUGGAAAGCGUGCAAUGCUAUUGGAUUGACAUUGUUAUCGCUGGAUUCAGUGGAGAAAAACAAAUGCUUCACUAAAAUGACCAAUCGAUACUCACAGAAGGUCAAUGACAGUGAUUACUGGACAUCAGGAACAAAUUCAAACUGCACCGAAAAAUUCAAUUGGUGCUCAAAAGAUGCAAACUUUGUUGAUAAUCAAGUUCUCUGGAAAAGUGGAGAACCGAACCUGGCUAAUGGCGAAUGCGUAUAUGUAACAAUAAAGAAUGGGACGUUGGAAAGGUCACCAUUGGGGGUGGCUGCUUGCAAUAGCCAGAAAUACUAUGUUUGUGAGGUGCGGCAGCGGGGCACCGCUCAAAGGGGCCUCGAGAUCGAGUGCAUGGCCCUGUGGGAUGUUUCUGAAGCCGACGUUCAAAUGCUUCUCCUCGGCUACAGGAACUAUACGACCAGGAUUAAGUGCUUUAUGAAAUGCAUUGGAGAGGACAAGAAACUGUUUGUUAACGGACAAUUAGACCCUGGUGACACUUUAAGGUUGCUGGAGUUGGCGACGCAAGAGGAACCGGAAGAGAUGGAAAAGGGAUUCAACGGCUACGUACAAUGCUCUUCAAUAACCGGGGACGACGAGUGCGUCGUGGCAGCCAAAAUCUAUGACUGCGGCGUUGAAAAUUUACCAAAUAUAACGCAGAAAAUGGUCGAUGAAGGAAAAGGGAGUCCAGAAGAGCUUAUUCCACCUGUUCCAUGCGUCCCAGAGAUGAGGUCAUGCGUAACGGAGUCGAUGCCCUGCAUAAAAGACUUGGCCCUUACCAAUGCUUUCAAUAACAAUAAACAAACAUCAAUUGGAACUGGUGUUUGGAUGAAUAGCAAGAAUAAAACAAUCUUUAUAUCAUAUAAAAUGGACCUGAAAAGCAUCGACUUUGCGCACCAGUAUUGCUGCUCCCUUGGAAUGCGAUUGAUUGAGUUGCCAUCGCGAACGGAAAUGGAGGAGUUUGCAUCGCUGGUGCCACAAAAUUUAAUCGAUUCCUUGCGAUUUUUAUUCUCAGAUGUCCAGCAAAUUAACGACACUGCAGAAGUUUCGUGUAUCAGCAAAAAAUUACUAACGACAGAUCUCUAUCAACACAUCUAUACUUACGGUGAAAUGCCAGGCAUGGGAUGCGGACCUCAAAUUUAUUACAUUGAUCUUAUAUUUACCUAUAGGACACCAGUUAUAAAACUAAUGAAAUUGGAUUUUGAUCAGUUCAAUGGUGUUAUGUCUGGGUCAUUUGCUUGUGCUUGAGUUCAUAGUUCAUGUUUUCUUUUGUCAGCAUUUAACAAAUUUUAAGGUACCGGUAAAACUCGAAUUGAAAUCAAAAUGUUGCGUCCUAAGGAAGUUCCCGUAUAAAUUGGUUUAUAAAUUAAUAA